CCCUCUGUGAACUCGGCCAUUUCACCCCGAGCGGCGAACCACCCUGACCGAGAGACUUUAUUCAUUCAUUCAUUCAUUCAUUCAUUCAUUUGUUUCAAGGAGCACAGGAGGAUGGGUGAACAAGCCAUUUCUUUCGCCAAGGACUUCUUGGCGGGUGGUAUCGCCGCAGCCAUCUCCAAAACUGCCGUUGCCCCCAUCGAGAGAGUCAAGCUCCUGCUGCAGGUCCAACAUGCCAGCAAACAGAUCGCCGUGGACAAGCAGUACAAGGGCAUCAUCGACUGCGUCGUCCGUAUCCCCAAGGAGCAAGGCUUCCUCUCAUUCUGGAGGGGGAACCUAGCCAACGUCAUCCGAUACUUCCCCACUCAGGCCCUCAACUUUGCCUUCAAGGACAAAUACAAGAAGAUUUUCCUGGAUGGUGUGGACAAGCACAAGCAGUUCUGGAGGUACUUUGCGGGCAAUCUGGCCUCCGGCGGCGCGGCCGGGGCCACCUCGCUGUGUUUCGUCUACCCCCUCGACUUUGCCAGGACGCGUCUGGCCGCGGACGUGGGCAAAGCCGGAGGAGAGCGCGAGUUCAAGGGCCUGGGGGACUGCUUGGUGAAGAUCUCCAAGUCUGAUGGCAUCAAGGGACUGUACCAGGGCUUCAGUGUUUCAGUGCAGGGCAUCAUCAUCUACAGGGCUGCUUACUUUGGCAUCUACGACACAGCCAAGGGCAUGCUUCCUGACCCCAAGAACACACACAUUGUUGUGAGCUGGAUGAUCGCUCAAUCUGUGACCGCCGUCGCCGGUCUCGUGUCCUACCCCUUCGAUACCGUCCGCCGUCGCAUGAUGAUGCAGUCUGGACGCAAAGGAGCCGACAUCAUGUACAGCGGCACCGUGGACUGCUGGAGAAAGAUCGCUCGUGACGAGGGCCCCAAGGCUUUCUUCAAGGGAGCGUGGUCCAACGUACUGCGAGGCAUGGGCGGCGCCUUUGUGCUGGUCCUUUACGACGAGCUCAAGAAGGUUCUGUAAUGUUGCGUUUGUUUAACUGUAACAUAUCUUGUACAUUGGGAUGGACUGAGAGGCUACUAGUGUGCUUCUAUGGACCAACCAGUAUUUGGCUACUAGUUGCACCAGGGCGGGAAGCUGCCACGCACCCUUUGGCUCAUGUUUUUUUUGUUUUCUCCUUCUGCUUUGGCCCACAUCAAAAUGUUGUUCCCUUCUCCCAAGGAAGCAGAAAAAGAGAAAUAAAGCUACUGAAUGAACCUC